UAUGAGCUAAUAUAUUACUAUGGUGUUCAGUCGCACUUCCGCUAUUUACCAUAUUUGGUGAACAACAAUGUAGCAAAUUUCCAUAUUUGUCAUAUUGUCAAAGUCUAUAAACGGAAGUAAACCUGCUCAGGCGAAGGCGCGAAAUGUUUUGCGGUGGUCCACUAUGAUAAAUUAAAAUGUUAGAGUAUUGGCGCUCGUUUCAGAUUUUCCUUUAAUUUGUGGCAGAUGUUAGUGGAUAUCCGACAAUACAAUGCGUAUGCUGCGUAGACAUAAUUUCGUGACAGACAACAGAUGACAUUUUACUGAGCCUGACAUCUUAGUUCUUGUAAAUGGAGGCUAAGGAGUGGUUUGAUAACUUUUGCCAGCAAGUAGAAUUGGAGGAAAAAUGCAAAGAGAAGGCCUGGAAUGUUUGGGAGUCUGUUUCUUUAAAAAUUCAAGAAACAUCAAAGAAUACUUUAAUUCCAUGGUUUAUAUGUGCCAUUUACGUUACAAAUUGUGACACCAGAUUCAAUAGUGCUCAACAGUCUGCUACUAAAAGUAGCUGUUCAUUGAGCAAGCUAUUGAGGGAAGCUAAAAUAAGUAUGGUAGAAUUCUUCAAGGUGGUGAAACAGUUCAGUUCAGUUUGGAAAGUUGGUUCUCCUGUUACUGAUCACCUUACUGAAGUAAAGAAAACAUUUUGUAUAUCUGCUGCCCUGUUCCACAAGUUUCAAAGAGUAAUGCCUGUGGUUUUCAGGGGUUGUCAAGACUUAUGUGACAGUGAAGAGAGAAGGGAAACAUUAAGUAAAACAUGCUGGCUUUUAUAUCUUGUCUACAAAGGCUGGAAUUCUAACCAGGUGAAAGAACUGAUGACAGCAUUCAAUCUCUUGUUGUGUUGUGUGGAUUAUGUACACAAUAAAUUUGUGCAGCAGCUACAGACAGGGGAAGAUCUCUCAGGGACAAAUAUUCAAGAAAGUGUGCACGAUGGAAUUCUUCCCAAUCUAUGUGAGGAAUUGACUGUACCUCUUUCAAAUGUUGCCUUAAUCUAUUCACAGCACUUUAAACCAUUUUUGGAGAAGUUUUUUGAGGUUCAAGGAAAUGCAAGGAACUUGGUGAAAAUUGGUGAUUUAAAUUCUAUAUAUGAGGAAGUCUACACAAGAUCUGGAGAUGUUGAUGAGAGGGACUUCUUUGACAAAAAUGGCUAUUUGUGGAUUCCUUUCAAUCAAGAAGCCAGCAAAGUGGAACAUGAAAGUGCUGGAACUCUAAAUGGUGGAACUCCGUGUACCAAUACUUCUCUCCAUGAUGAAUUUCAACCUGUUUUGGAUUCCUCAAAAGCUGAUUCAGAACUAAGCAGAAAUUCCUUCCCACAAAGCUCAUCGUCACUCACUGACUUAAGAACGACACUUGAAGAAAGGAGUCAUCUGCCAGGUCAAGAACUGAUAAGGUUCUGGGGAUCUUGCCGAAGAAAUCCUUUGAGUCUCAUACAAGCCAAAUUAACAUCCAUUCAGGACUGUUUCCUGAAAGGAUUUGAUGACACAGCAGUUUGUGAAGGGGACAGUAAUAUUUCAAUUCAGAUUUUUGUCCUGGCUAAGAAACUUUAUUAUAGAGUAAUGGAGGCUAUGCUGUUAGCAGAAGAGAAAAGAUUAUCUUGUAGUGAUUUCAGUGCUUUACUGAAUAGUGAAGCAUUCCAUGUUUCCCUUUUGGCCUGUUCUCUUGAAGUUGUUAUGGCGGACAAAGGAUUGUCAUGGCCAACUUUAGCAUUUCCUUGGAUUCUCGGCAUUUUGAAGUUGGAGGCAUUUGAUUUUUUCAAGGUCACUGAAAGUUUCAUUCUUCAUGAGCCACUUCUUAAUAGCAGUUUAAUUAAGCAUAUAAAUCGAAUAGAGGAACAAGUGCUGGAGAAUUUGGCAUGGAAACUGGGUUCACCUUUGUUAAAAGCAAUGGAAAUCUAUCAUCCCCACUCUGACCCAGGAGCAGUAGGCUCUGUUCAGCAGCAAAAGAAGUCGCAGCCUCUAGAUUUGUUCUUGAGAAGAGUAAACCAGCUGGCCUACCAUCGUUUAACAACGCUUUGUAAUAAACUUGACAUCAGUGACACGCUGGUUGGUCACAUGUGGACAUGCUUGGAACAGUCACUUAAAUUGCAGUGGCAGUUGAUGGUUGACCGUCACUUGGACCAGAUGUUUUUGUGUGCAGUGUACGCCAUUUCUAAAGUAGUCGGAAAGGAAAUUCAAUUUAAACAGAUUGUCACUGUCUACAAACGAUUGCCAUUUUCAUCGGCACAGGUGUACAAAGGAACGUCCUGCAGAGAACAACAAUCAAUCAUUGAAUUCUACAACAAGGUGUACAUGGUGACAAUGAAGUCCACCAUUCUUCAAUUUGCACCAAACAAGAAUCCUCCUGUUUCACCUGCUCCAAGAAGCGCAGUAAGGGUUCCAGGGAAGAAGAAUUUUUAUUUAUCUCCUUUACGAAGCUCUCCAGGCGAAACUUUAACUCCAAAAUCAAGGUCAUCGUUCAGCUUCGGGGAGUCUCCAGGGUCCGCUGACCGUGAGAGCCUCUCAAGAAUCAAUGCCUCCGUACGAGCAGCAGUACACAGUCAACCUAAGGUACCACAGAAGAGACUGCGCUUUGACGACUGUGACCAAACUGAACCAGGCCCUGUCCUCACGAACGGCCACUCGACAGAAAAGGAGACUGGGUCACAUUUGAAUGGAACGAGGGGUUCGAAAGAAGAGGAGGAGAAAGAGGAUGAAAGUUAAAAAAUGGGAAUAUCGGAUGGAGGGAUGGAGGUACUUCCCGGAAUUCUUGUUGAGGCUGUACCGCUCGAAUCUCCUCUUGAGACUUCACCUUGCUGAGUGAAGUGAACAUAUUGCUUAAGAAUUUUCAAUGAUUUAUUUGCUGUAAAAGUACAUUCAAAUACUGAAAGUGUUCCAGCCACGAACUCGUAGACCUGAGCGAGCUGCCUCAUUCUGGCGUAAUACAUCAUCCACGUAAUUUCUUCAAUAUGUCGCACCUGUUUAAAUUCUCUUUCCUCUCUGGAUUUCAAAAGGGGUGGAGAGGGGAAGCACAUACCUACACAGUUUUAAAGGGGAGUAUCCUUUAUUGGGGGGGGGGGGGUGAGUUCGUAACAAAGAAUUCCCUCAUAUGAACUAUCGUGUCUUGAUUUACGUAGGUUUGAACGUAUUUAUCAUUGAAUUCAGUUUCAUUGCUUGUUUUUUCGGCUCACAGAGUGCUAUGUGUAAGUGUUUUAAAGGAAUUUUCCACUCACAUAAACAGAUGUCUUUUCCUAUGAUUAGAAGAUUGAUGUCUUUCAUUGGUAGGGACAGAAAACAGGCCAUGUUAGCCAGGCCAGGGGAGGCCAUGUUAGCCAGGGAAGAAUCCUUCAAUAAGUUUUAUUGUUGAUUGUUCACAGACGUUUAAAGUAAUCAUCGAGGCAUUUCGUUAUGUCAGUAAUUUCAUUUCUUAGAGAUUCUGCUGUGAAGAUUUCAUUUGCCUAAUUAGGAGAUUGAAAGACUUAACCCUGAAACAUGCAAAAAUGACGAUCCAUUUGUAAAAAGCCUGAACAAUCCUACAUAGCGACCAGUUGCGAGACAUUUUCUUGGUAUUUAAAGUGAUUGGAUUUUAAUGAGCUGAACUUUACUAGGAUGGACUAUUUUGCUAGUAUGAUUGAUGAUGUAAAGUUAACUGCUGCAUACCUGAAUCAGUGCGUUGAAAAAGCGAUCAGGAAUUACAGACCGCUUGAAGUUCCAAUUUAGAUUUCUAUUCUAAUUUUGGCCCGGAAUUUUGGCCCGGAAUUUUGGCAAGACUUCAAGUCACGUUUUGUUUUGAACGAGGUGAAUUCACAAAUUAUCUCGAAAACAUUUUAAUCAACCCACAUCUUACAUGAGUAGAUAACACGUUGAAUAACAGAUGUAAAAGAGGUGAGCUUCAUUAUGGAAUAUCUAAUGUAUUUAUACGUGGCCACAAGUAUUUAAUCGUAGACUAAAUUGGUCAUGUUGCCUUUAAAAAAAUCCUCCAAUUAUAUAUUAUUUAUUAUCACAUCCUGUUGCAUUCAUAUAUAUCCUGUGCAGCAUAUCCUGUUUUGUUCAUAAGUCGCUUCGGUUGAACACUCACGAAAUCUACCUAGAGCAGUUGCCCGUCACGUACCAUGUGCAAUCGGCUUUCAAGGUUAAUAUCAGUAUGCUAAGUCCAUCACUGAAUCACUUGCACGUAAUCACUUGCACGUAAUCACUAGGUGAAAGCUAUGGCGUCAGAGAAAAAAAAAAAAAAAACGAGGCAAACGCAAGGAUAUUCGGGACAUGAGGUGAGCCGGCCCUAAAAUAACUUUUCCUGGGCAGUUGUUACACUUGCAUCUUUUUCUUUUAACGUCUGGUAUGUGUCCAGCUCAAAACACGCCUGAAGGCGCCCAACCCUUUUAAUGCAGUUAGCCAGUGCUGAUAUUUUGAUCUUAUCUCACAAUUGAAAAUAAGCGGAGAAUGAUAUAAAAAAAAAACGGAAUGAAAAAGGAAAAAAAAAAAGCCGGCUAAGAAUCGUUUGGCCUCCCGCAAAGUGUCAUCGAUUCUUUUUAAAAUUUGAAUUCGUCCGUCCGUAUCAAGGCGCUUGUUUUUAAAGCGUAUUGUAGAAGAUCCACGGGAGGAACCCACCGGCGCACGCGUAAGAGGGAAAAA